UGGCUUUAUUUUGCACGAUUGCAAGUCUAGCUUUUCAUUUAAGAGUUUUUUAAAUUCGCCAAUUCCAUAAUAUUUUGGUAAUCCGUGUACUUCGAUUUUAUAUUUUUCUGACGUAAAAUCAGCUCUUUCAAGAUAAGCAAUGAGUCAGGAAGCUAAAAGUUGUUAUUUGAAAACCAAUGACAAAUCACUACUGACAGUGUAUUUGCCACAUAAUAAACCAAUUUUCGUCGGUCGUUCUCCAGAGACAAAUAUUACAGAUACACAAUGUUCUAGAUUACAAGUACAAGUGUGUGCAGAUUAUCAAAAGUAUAAUGUUUAUAUUCAACAAAAUGGAAAAAGAUCUUCUGGCUUUAAUGGUUUUAAAAUGCGUAAAGACAUCAAAUUUAUAGGCAAACAUGAGGAUUAUUUAGAAAUAUUAUAUGGAAAGCAUAUUUAUCAGAUUGAAUUUAAUCCUCCACCUCCAAAAAUUUCUUUGAUAGAAAAAAGAAUCAGAGAUUCAGAGACAGGUGAUGAAUAUAGAGAAAAUUCUUGUAAAAUAGCUAAAGUUGAAAAUGAUGAAACAGAUACUAUUGCCACAUGCGAAGAAAUUCAUGGGGAAAAAGAAGCAAAAAGAAAAGAAAAACAGAUAAAAAAUGCUCAUGGUAUUUUAAAAUUCAUAAACAAAAUGUCUCCAGAUACAUUUGAAGAUACAGAUGAUGUAAUAGACACUGAACAGGAUAUGUGGGAAUGUAAGCAAACUGGAUUAUUAAUAUAUACAGCAAAGGGUGUAGAAAAUCGCUCAAUGAUAGCAGCAUAUGAUUUGGAUGGAACUUUAAUAAAAACAAAAUCCGGUUUGGUAUUUCCAAAAGAUUAUGAUGAUUGGCAAAUCAUAUAUGCUAAUGUGCCAGCCAAAUUAAAAAAGCUCUAUAAAGAUGGAUAUAAAAUAGUUGUUUUCACUAAUCAAGCAUCUUUUACAUCUGGAAAAUUAAAUCCUGAUUCUUUCAAGAAUAAACUUAAAAAUAUAAUACAAAAAAUUGGUGUUCCAAUGCAGAUAUUUAUAGCUACUGGAUAUAAUAUCUAUAGAAAACCAGCAAUUGGAAUGUGGCAAGAACUAGAAAAAAAAAAUAGCCCUAUAUCUAUCGAUAAAGAUAAAUCUUUUUACGUUGGAGAUACUGCCGGACGAGCGAAAAAUUGGGCUCCCGGAAGAAAAAAAGAUCAUUCGUCAGUCGAUCGAUUAUUAGCUCUCAAUUUGAAUUUAAAAUUCUAUACGCCAGAAGAAUAUUUUCUCGAUUUCGAACCAAUUCCUUAUGAAUUACCUAUAUUUAAUCCAAAAAAUUUAUCGAAUAAAGAGAUAUGCUCAGGAAGCAAUAUAACUUCAAAUGAUCAAGAAAUUAUUUUAAUGGUUGGUUGUCCAGGUUCUGGAAAAUCAUAUUUUGUAAAAAAUUAUUUGGAUCAUUACGGAUAUGUUAAUAGAGAUACUCUUGGAAGCUGGAAAAAAUGUAUUACUAUAAUGGAAAAACAUCUGGAUGAAAAAUAUAGUGUAGUUAUAGAUAAUACUAAUCCCGAUUGUGUAUCAAGACAAAGAUAUAUCGAAAUAGCGAAAAAAUAUAACGUUCCUGUAAGAUGUUUCGUUAUGACGACAAGUAUCGAUCAUGCGAAGCACAACAAUAAGUUUCGAGAAUUAACUGAUCCUAGUCACGCGAAAGUUAAUGAUAUAAUUAUUAAUUCUUAUGUAAAAAAUUUUCAACAACCAAGUUUGGAAGAAGGAUUUAAAGAAAUCGUUCAUAUAAACUUUGUACCGAAAUUUCAGAAAGAAGAAGAUCGACGACUUUACGAAAUGUAUUUGCUUGAAAGAUAAAAUUUUUUUCACAUCAUAUGAUUGCUUUUAAAUAUAAUAAAAUAGAUAAACACGCGUUAGUAAUAAUUUUUAGAAAAUUUUAAGAAAAUAAAAUCUGAUUA